AUGGAUAAACAAUCAUCAUUAAUAAAAAAUUUAUUCUUGGAAAACCUGUUGCCAAAAUUAUUUAUCUUUGAUCUUGACUAUACGAUCUGGCCUUUAUGGAUCGAUACACAUGUUUCUGGUCCUGUUUUCAAAGCUGACCCAAAUAAACCUUUUAUUGCUCUUGAUGGAUAUUCCACAAAAAUUCAAUUAUAUAAUGAUGUUCCUAAAAUAUUUCAACUUAUAAAAGGUUGUUCAGAUACCAAGUUAGCAGUUGCUUCCAGAACCGAAGAACCAGAAUGGUAA